GGCGUCGUGGUAAGUCAGGACGCUGAAUGGAAGUUUUCUUCUACGGUACCGGGAAGGUCCUAACAAUCGACGAUUUGGUCGAAGCCUUGGACAUGCGUGAGAGGUCGCAGAGCAACGUUCCCAAGGUCAAUACCUUCCACUUCAAUGGGGAGCGGGUCUCUGAUUGGCUUGAUUUGGUGGAACAAGCGUUAGUUGGACUAUCUGACGCUGUGAAGUUCCAGCGGACUUUGAAGUAUGUGCUCCAUGGCCAUUACCAGGAGGUAAAGAAGGUUGUAAACGCAGCUAAUGGCAGUUGGGCAAGAUUCGAAGAUGGCAUGCAAAGGAAGUACAGGAUGGGCGAUGGCCUUUUGACCACUGCAGAUUUGGAAGCAAUGAACAGGGAGGACUUCACUAUAGUGGGGACCUUCGUGCAAGAAUUUAAAAAGAAGGCGAGGAAGGUCCCUGGGAUCUCUGAAGAAGCAAAGUAUGCUAUCUUCCUGGGGUUGCUCACCACCUCGGAAGCGGCGGAGUUGACAAGCCAUGGAGGGGGCAGUGCGAAGCUCACCUGGGCCACUAUCGACAAAGGGGUCGAGGAAGGAAGUUGGACCCGUUGGAUUGCACCCAGAGGGUAUCAACAGAAGGCAGAGCUGGUGCUCAAGCCUUUUGAAGAAGAGGACCCAUGGGGCGGCAAAGAUGUCCAAUGGAUGAUGAAAUUGGCACUAGCAUGUACGCAUAGUCUGGUGGAGGAGCCGACUGGAGAUAUGCCACAAGAAGAGGUCCAUGAGCCUGAGCGGGAGAUAAGGCAGAGUGUUGAGAGAGGGCGCACUAUGGAGGAGGUGAUAGAGGUUGAGGAGGACACUCCACCUCAGGAGCAUGCGGCAGAGUUGGAGCCAGACACCAUACCAGAGAUCGCUCGCGAGGAGGGGGAGGAGCCUCAGCAGGAGGAGAUGCUGUCCCCACCACCAGAGGCAAUCCUUUCGCCAGGGGUGAGGAUAGAGAUGGAGCGAGAGAGGACGGGAUGGAGGAGAGAGGCCAUUUCUACGAUAGAUAGGUAUCUGGCAGCGCAUGCCCAAGAGCAUCCUAAUAUAGAGGAGCCUGUACCUACGGAGCUACCACGAGAGCCUCGCCGAGCAGAGGGAGAGAUGGGAGCUGAAAUUCCGGAAAGAGCGGACCAUCGCACGAAAGGGAGAGUACCGGCAGGGGAGACAGCCGAGGAGAAGUGGGCUAGAGUUGGGAAGCGCAUGGAGGAAAUUUGGCAGGAAAGGCAAAGAUCAGAGGCGGCAGGAGCGCUCCCCGAUCAGCCACCAGGCUCACAACCUAAACCAUGCAGAAUCAAGGAAAUGUGGGACGAGUUGUUUGGCCAGCAUGGCGAGGGAUUGGCAGCUCCAGAGAGGGCAGGACUCGGGACAUCCAGGAUGGCGGAUCUCGCAGUUGGACUCCCGCUGGAGCCGCCCAUGGGAAGAGUCAUCCUGGAGCCCGAGGAGGCAAAGGCGAGGAGAGAGGCAGAGAGAGAGGCCUUUGAGUUCAGGGCACCUAGUGAACUCGCCACGUUGCCAACAGCAGUUGUGGAACCCAUGACAAUGGUUAUGCCAUUACCAAUCGAGGGGGGGCAGCAGACAACUAGCAGCGAGCCGAUUCAGGGUACAAGGGAAGGGUCUAUGGACGUGCUUGUAGAGGCAAUUGACACCAUGCAGGAAGAGGCGAGUUUGUUUUCGCCUGAGCAGAGGGUGGAGGGGCCUCCUGAGAGAGAGGUGGUGAUUGUGAUGGAGGACGUUAUCGAGGGCAAGCCACAGAGGUUGGAUACGCCAGAGUAAAGACCAGAGGGAAUUGGGAUACGACUGGAGUUGAAUACUCAUAAGUUAGAGACGAGACUUGAGGAACCUAUGGGUAUG